AUGUCGCUGCCGGUAUCUGCCCCGCCUUUCUGUGCCAGUCAAGCGGAGGACUCCCAAUUUACAUCCCCAGACCGGGACCGUGCUGAUUUAAAUGGCAGCGUAAAGGGGCCGAUGUUUGCGCCUUCUAGGCGCACGAGCUCGUUGCAUUCUAGAUCACUUUCUCAGCCCACCGAUGCAUUAGGUAUACAACGUCUGGAUCAGCGGAGAGAUUCUGAAACAAGUCAUUGUCGGACUUCUUCGAGCCCUUCCUGUCAAACGUUUGCCCAUGAUUCUUCGCCCAAAAUCCCCGAGCUCUCUCCAAAACGCCUGUCUAGGCAAUUCAAUGCAUCCUUGUAUUCGGAAAGCGUCGAUAGUCCUCGUCUCAGCAUGGACUUCAAUCGCCCCACGCCUCCUCUUCAAAGUCCCAGCCGAGCUAGCGCCAGACACUCUAGAACAUUGUCGAGCAGCUCUAGUACCAGUGUUUCUCGCAUUCUGAAUGGAAGCGAGCUCAGCACAAGUAGAAGUCAUUCACGUCAGUUGUCUUCAGUUUCACUACAUUCGAAUUCGUCUGAUCUCCGCCGCCCUUCCCAAGAGCUGUUCGCACGCUCGUUGCAACCACGGCAGUACAACUUCCCUGAGAAUUAUGAAUCACCUCCUCUGUCUGAGUCCUUCCACAAAGAAUCCACUCCUGAGGAGCAAAAUACCUACCAUGCAGAUGUGCGAAAACCACCCCCUAUGGUUUCCAAGAGACAAUAUAGACACAGCCAAGCAUUACCGAAGCAAAAUGUACCAGGAAGUCCUCUCCGUGAGCAAGCCCCGCAGAUGACCAGCGUAUGGCUUGAUGACGAUUUUUCAAAAUUAAAUCGCAGUAAAUCAAGCGCUACGAAACCACGCUCUGCGCCGCCCCAAGUUCACCGGAAACACGCAUCUGUCAGUGAAAGCCCUCGAACUCCAAUGAGUCCCAGCACAUCAAGAAGUCAAAGCAAAGUAUUUGCUCCGUCAGACGCUGCAACUCGGUUAGCAGCUGCGACCUCCAUCAACGCCCCCUCGCCAGUGGAGCAGUCGCCGAAAUCCCGUACACCAAGGUCUUUGCGGCGUCUUAUCGGCAGUUUAUCUCCGCUCCGUUUCAGUCCAAGGAAAUCUGCAUCCCCACAGUCUCAAGCACCGCCUCAAGCAGCACCGCCUCAGCCUGAAAAAACCAAAAGAAAACCCAACAAAGCACCUACGCCUCCGGUCGCCUCACCUGAGGCCGCACGGUCGCCAAAGAGUUUACAGUCUGCGAUCGACUUCAACGGAGCUCACAAGAACCUUUCGCGGCCUCGUCCGAGUUCGAUGGUAUUCCCACCGACCAGGCCUGGUUUAGCUAGUCCAGCUGGCCCGAAUAGGCCUGCCAGGCCGUCCCCCAACGAGCUGCUUGAUGCUACCGACAUGCGUCGUCUAUCAACGGAUUUCAAUCGUCGAUCCAUUGUGUACUCGCCUGUGAUACCCCAAUCUCCCACAUUCAUGACCUCUCCUCAAAUCGGAUCCACAUCGUCUCCCAAAAUGGCUGGGGUUGAUCGACGAUGCAUGUCGGCAGUGUCAACGUUGAGCAAUGGCUCAGACCCGUCUACCCAUUCAGGAUCCCGGACAUCGCUUCUUGUAGAUGGAAACUUAGCAUCAAGGUCGCCGAGAAUUGCUCACCCUACUGACCAGGAUGGACUACGCAUUCGUAAUGAUCCAGAAAAGCUGCAUCAUCAGGAUCCCCGGCCAGUCUCCGAGUCCGCCGAAACUUGGAUUUAG